AACGAAGAACAAUAAAAAAAAGAAGAAUAACUGUGGGGAUUUUGAUUAAAAAAAAAAAUCAUUGACAAACCUGAAACUCCCUUCAAUGGCGGGGGAAGAAGAGAAGCCAACUACUACCACAGCUGAACCUACUCUUCCUUCUCCGCCGGAAACGCCUACUCCUCCGGCUAAGUUCGAUCCUACUCGAAUGAUUGGGAUCAUCAAGAGGAAGGCUUUGAUUAAGGAUUUAGCUGCAGCUUACCACAACGACUGUAUUGCUUAUUGUCGAGAGCUUCUGGAGCUCCAAAAGAGAAAGGCCGAGCCGUUUCUGUACACGAAAGCUCCAGAAGAUGUGAGAAAAGAGACGUUGAGGUCUUCUUCCAAACGAGCUAAGAAAAAACGUUAAGAAAAGACAACGUGUAUGGUGCUUAAUUCUACGUGAGUAUUGAAUCGGUCCUUAUAUUUUAGAUGGAAUGUGUGAAAAGAUUGAAACUUCAUUUGAUUAUCUAAGUUGUAUACAUUAGUUUUACCCCUUCUAAAGACGUCUCCUAACUAAGAAUUA